ACAUCUGUGAUUUUUGUUGAUUCGCCAUACCGAAAAAUAAAUCAAAAUACUUGCAUGUGUUUUGUGUUUAUUUUAACUCUUGAAGAGUGAUUUUAUCGUGCCUGCUCAGCAUUAAAAAAAUGGAGCAACGGUUGUCAGCCGGCUCACUACUGAAAAUUUUCGAUGGGGAAUUAACAGAAGAGCCGAUUGUUGUGCAGUAUUUGGGCCAUAAACUACUAAGUGGGAAUCGCUAUCGUCUUAUCCUUUCGGAUGGAGAAACAUCGAGUUCCUUCACGGUGCUUUCCUUGCAAAAUAAUCGUCUUGUAACAGAUGGAGCAUUAAGUCCUUUUGCAAUUUGUCGGAUAUCGAAAUAUCUCUUAGCCACAGCAAAAACUGCUUCUGUGCCCGUUAUCGUGAUUAUGAAUCUGGAAGUAGUGGCUCCUGGUGAAGAAGUUGGAAAACAGCUUGGAAAGCCAAUUAUUUUUGAAUCGAGACUAAGAGAUCCAGAACCUACUAAUCACGGUCUUGCGAGAAAUGAUUCGGAUUAUAAUCUUUCUCAGGAAAACGAAAUGCCCACUCAACCACCUGUACCGGAAAAUGCAAUUGCAACUGUACCCAUAACGAGCCUGAGUCCAUAUUAUGGCCGAUGGACAAUUAAAGCUCGAGUAACAUCGAAGACGGACAUAAGGCAUUGGAGUAAUGUUCGAGGCGUAGGGAAAUUAUUUUCUAUGGACUUGAUCGACGAAUCAGCAGAAAUUAGAUGCACUGGAUUCAAAGAGCAGUGCGACGUGUUCUAUGAUUCAUUCGAAGUGGGUAGAAUUUAUUAUAUUACCAGGUGUCAAGUUAAACCUGCAGAUAAACGAUUCACAAACAUUAAACACGACUUUGAGCUUGUUUUGAAUUCGGAUACGGCUAUUUUAAACUGCGAAGAAGAUUCCAGAAUUCCGAUGAUUCAGUUUGAUUUUUUGUCAUUGGACAACGUCGAAACCAAGGAUAAUGAGAGCAUUAUGGAUGUAUUGGCUGUUGUGAAAUCUGUGAGCGAUGUCGUGAACCUUAAAGCCAAAACAACAGGGCGAGAUUUGAAGAAGAGAGACAUCCAUCUAGUAGAUCUUUCCAAUACUAUGGUGAUACUGACAUUGUGGGGAACGCAAGCGGAGAUUUUUGAUGGAUCGAAUAAUCCCGUAAUAGCCGUGAAGUCUGUUAAAAUUACGGAAUUUAAUGGAGGAAGAUCUCUUACUAGUACCUCCUCUACAAUUAUCCAAUUUAAUCCGGACAUUGUAGAAGCACAUAGCUUACUGGAAUGGUUUCACGAAUCUGUUCAAGCUCGGGAUGCAAGACUGCUUUCUACUCCUUCUGCGAGUUCAAGUAAUGCAAACUGCCCUUGGCUAACAUUACGGCAGGUGAAAGAUUUAAACAUUGGGUCGCCUGGUAAUCCUAACAUGUUUCUCACAAAAGCGACAGUUAAUUUAAUCAGGGAUAGGAAUUGCAUUUAUAGAGCGUGUCCAACCGAAGGCUGCAAGAAAAAGCUGUCGGAUUUGAACAAUGGAAUGUACAAUUGUGAAAAAUGUCAGACUGGUUUUCCCAAUUAUGUUUAUCGAAUGAUAGUUCAGGCUGUUAUAGUUGAUUGGACUGGAGAACAAAAAGUAGCGGUCUUCGGAGACGAGGCGGAAAAAAUUGUGGGCGUGAAUGCCCAGGAACUUGGGCAAUUGCAGGAAACAUUAAAUAUCGAUGCGUAUCAGAAAAUUUUCCUUGAUUGCGCCUUUAAGUCUUUUAUAUUUAAAAUUCGCAUGAAGCAAGAGACUUUCAACGAUGAGACUAAACUGAAAGCAGUAGUUUAUAAUGUCACGCCCGUUGACCAGAAACAAUACGGAUCGUUUCUAGUGAGCCAAAUUAAAGCUCUACUCAAGAAAAGAAAUCCGCCGUAAUAAGAUUCAUCAUUUUUCGAGAUUGAUGAAUUUUAUAAGAAGUAUAUGCCUAUAAUAAAUAAGACGCCGUUGUACAAAUUUUUAAAUAUAAGGUACGAGCAUACCUUAUCUAAUUAAAUCUUUCUACUGAUUACGAAAAUUAAUAUUCUACAGUCUAUAUAUUAUAAAUUCUUAUAAUAAAAGAUGUAUAUUUUUAUAUAUAAAUAAUAGUUUAGAGGGGUUAGAUGCACCAAAAAUAUUAUAUUUAUUUUAUCUCGUUUAAAUUUACUCCUAUGGGGAAGAAAUUGAUUUACGUUUCAAUUUUGAAGGAAAAUAGUUCGCUAAAGUUUACAUGAAUCGAUCUAAUGAUAAUACUGAAUAAUUAUAUGAUUUAUAUAUUAUUAUUCAAAUCGUGUUUUUUAUUCUUGAUACUUUAUUUAUGUGAUGUAAAAGGUUCCUUGAAUCUUUUGAAACCUUUUAUACUUUUUCUAGACUGCUUAAUAUAGAGUUAAAUAAUAUUUAAUUGUGAUGUCACCUCAUUUCAAUGGAUUAAUAAAACUUUUGU